AUGCAGCGGUUCGACAAGUUCAACAACGAGCAGAAUGGCGGCUCCGAGGUUUCUGAACCUAUACCCACAGUCGAGAACGGCGCAAAGGCCUCGAAUGACGAUACCUCCGACGUCUCUCACAACAAGCGAUCGCCGCCCGAUGACGAGUCAGUGUUGUCUGAGGUGGAAGAUGUUGCGCCUCCUAAGAAGAAGGUCAAGAAGACCAAGGUCAAGGACGAGGACGACGAUGCUGCAUUCGCGGCGAGGUUACAGGCUGAGGAGAAUGCGCGCAUAGGUAGGGCGACACGCGGCGGGAACACAAAGCGGAAAGCAGCUGCGCCCAAGAAGACCAAGACAAAGAAGAAGAGCUCAACCCGGAUCAAGGAUGAAGAUGACAGCGACAUCGCAUCAGGUAGCGGAGGCGAAAAGAAGAGCCCGAGCCGGAAAGGAGGUUUCCAUGUUAGUUUACCUCCUCCAGUCUAUAAACCCAUGGCUCUCUCCCCAGCCCUCUCCGAACUCCUCGGCGAAACCCAGCUCUCACGCCCCCAGACCGUUAAGAAGAUAUGGGAGUACGUCAAAGAGCGCGAGUUACAAGACCCGGACGACAGGCGCCAAAUCCGCUGUGACGAUGCCAUGCGCGCCGUCUUCAAACAGGACCGCGUCCACAUGUUCACCAUGAAUAAGAUUCUCAACCAGAAUCUCUAUGCCGUCGACGAGGUUGUCAACUGA